GGUUUAGCGGACGAUGCAAUCCGGGGGAUUCCACCACGGACAAGCACUCACUCCCGACCUCUCGACGGAUGGGACAUGUCGAAUUUCUGAGCGGAGAUCCAGCAGGUGGGACUGUUCAGCGGACAAGCUCGGGCAUUGCUUUCGGGCGUGUAGAACACGGGUGCUGAAUUCGGAUUCGCUUUGAGUUCCGCAAAGAUGAUGCAGGCCACAGCCGUCUCCACACUCGGAUGCAGUGCAAUGCUCCCAGCAUUGCAGCUGUCUGCACCUGCCUCAAGAAAGUCCUUCUCGCCGAUAGGAGUGAUUCCUAGGACAUUGACUCGGCUUUCGGUUUCUCCGUCUGUUGGGGUGUGGGCACUAUCGAGCAAUGAAUUUAGGAACGGGACCAAUAUCGAGAUAGAUGGUGCUCCUUGGAAGAUUCUCGAGUUUUUGCACGUGAAACCGGGAAAAGGAGCUGCAUUCGUGAGAACGAAAUUGAGGAAUUACGUCACAGGCAACACAGUCGAUCGAACAUUUAGGGCUGGUGAAAAUGUUGACGAGGCAACAAUCAUGAAGGAGUUCAAACAGUAUACUUACAUGGAUGGCGAACAAUACGUCUUUAUGGAUUCGGAAACAUACGAGGAGGUGCGUAUUAGCAAGGAAGAAAUUGGAGACAGGAGCAAGUUUCUCAUGGAGGGAAUGGAGUGCAGUGUUCUGUCGUGGAAUGGCCGGGUAAUUGAUAUGGAUCUGCCGGUGACAGUGAAGUUGAAAGUUAUUCAAGCUGAUCCAGGCGUAAAAGGAGACACAGCGCAAGGUGGAACGAAAACCGUGACGGUUGAAACUGGAGCAACUGUUAAUGUGCCUCUUUUCGUGAAUCAAGAUGACACAAUCGUCAUCCAAACCAAGGAUGGGUCGUACAUCAGCAGGGGCUAGAUUUUUUGCACGCAAGGUGAAAUGCAGCUUCCAUGGCUGAAAGAAGCAGAUUCUCUAAUCCCCCAAAUAGGAUAAGAUUGUCGGAACUGAUUCUAUUCUUGAUAGCUGUAGUGUAAUUCUAACACCAAUACCCUGCGCAGUUUUUGUAACAUGAUGAAAGUGAGAAUUUGGGGCUAGCUUUUGGAAGAAACUGUAUAGUAUACAACUCCGCUAAAUCGAGGUCCAAUUCUCCUCGAUUUCGAGCGAGGAAUAAAGCACCACUCGGGAUGUUGAAGAAUUCUCAACGAUGA